AUGGCGAAAUUCGCCGGUAAGCCUUCCAAUGGUAUUAAAGAUUCCGUUCUACUUGGCAGUCACCGAUUUCUUAAUAUAUACCAUGAAUUUUCCGAACAUUUUGUUCUUAUUGAUAUUCCGCCAUCCGUGGCCCGAUCCGGUUUGUGGAAUAAUGGGAUUCAUGACUUCUUUCUACGCAAGCUUAAACAUGAUACUACAUUUAAUGAUAUCAAUUACAACAAUUUCUCAUUAGGUGCAUAUGAUUGGAAGUUUUUGUCAAUCUUAUUCUCAGCUUCGAUGGUGUUUGCGAUAAUCCCAACGGAUAAUUAUGGAGUGGACGUAUGGUGGUGUUCUAUCUUGCAUGAAAGAAAUUCAAAAGCGGCUUAUCUGGCUAUAAUCAUCACUAUUAGUAUUGUCAUCAUAAAUUCUUAUUGCUAUGUUAGUGUCAUGCGACAAAUUCAUGUGAUUGAAGACUCUUUGAAUCGUAAAUGCGAUACGGACGUGUGGACUUUUAUAUUGUAUGGGGUAUCAAUGAACUUUGGAGGAAUAUUAAAUGGUUUGCAAUAUUACAUGGUUGAAGGUUGGCCUUCAAAACAAAAUCCAACGCUACCGCGUGUUAAGCAUGAUUUACACGACGAUCAACAACCCAUCAUGCUUGUUGUACAAGAUUCUCCCACUUCUAUAAUAUCUCAUUCAAUAUAUGUAAAACGAUGA